AUGCGGUCACUUUUGAGCCUUGUGCUCUUUCUCUUCGCCGCGCUGGUUUCGGCCGUGAGCACAGCUGGUAACCGUAUGCUGGUUGUGCUGGACAGCCCAAAAGACAAGGAGGCCUACACAACCUUUUUCCGCGACUUGUCUGAGCGAGGAUACGAGAUCACGUAUGAAUCACCAAAGACCGAAAGCCUAGCUUUGUUCCUUCACGGAGAGAGGACUUAUGAUCAUCUCGUCUUCCUCCCCACCAAGAUUAAGGGUCUUGGACCCAAUCUGACUCCCCAGCUCAUUGUCGAAUUCAUCAAUGCCGGCGGUAACAUUCUCGUUACCAUGUCCUCCACCCACGUCGUGCCUUCCACUAUCGAUGCCGUCCUCAUGGAGCUCGACAUUAUCCUCCCCGAGGAGCGCACCGGCAAGGUCGUCGACCACUUCACUUACGAUACCAUUUCCGCCGCCGAGGACCACGACGUUCUCGUUCUCGAGGCCCCUCGCAACCUCCGCCCCGGCAGAAAGGACUACUUUGAGAUUCCUGGCGCAUUCCUUUCGGUUCCCCAUGCUGUCGGCCACAGACUCGGCAAUGGUGCUCUCCUGACACCCGUCCUUCGCUCCCCUCCUACAGCCUACAUCUACAACCCCAAGGAGCAGAACAAGACCAUCGAAACUGAUGAGCUCUUUGCUGCUGGCCGACAACUCAACCUCGUCACUGUCUUCCAGGCUCGCAACUCUGCGCGUGUUACUGUCAUUGGCGCCGCUGAGAUGCUCCAGGAUAAGGCUUUUGACACAAAGGUUGCUCGAAAGGGUGGCAAGCCUCAGUUCCCUGCUAACCGUGAGUUUGUCACCAACUUGGGUGCUUGGACUUUCCAGGAGCUUGGUGUUUUGCGAGUGAACUCGAUUGAGCACCGCCUCGACGGCAGCAACGAGACCAACCCUGAGAUGUACCGCGUUAAGAACGAUGUUUCUUACAACAUCUCCAUGUCCGAGUACGCCUGGAACAACUGGCAACCCUAUCACGCCCCCGAAGGCGACGUUGUCCAGCUGGAAUUCUCCAUGCUGUCUCCCUUCUACCGCCUCUCAUUGAAGCCCAUUCACGUCAACGACCAUGAGACCAUCUACUCUACCAACUUCACCCUGCCUGAUCAGCACGGCAUCUUUAACUUCAUGGUCAACUACAAGCGGGUUUUCCUCACCAACGUCGAACAGAAGAACACCGUCAGCGUCCGCCACUUAGCUCAUGACGAGUAUGAUCGAAGUUACAGUAUCAAUGGCGCUUGGCCUGGCAUCGCUGGCAUCUGGUCCACCAUUCUCGGCUUUAUUGUCUUUUGCAUUGUGUGGUUGUACAGCAAGCCAGUCCCCAAGGACUGGGUCACUAAGAGGACACAAUAG